CGGAAACAAGGUCCCGACAAAUCGCCAUGUAAACGCUCCCAACCCAGCUCUCCCCAAACCUCUCCCGAUAUUCCUUGCCUCUCUCCGUUCGACCUAACUCUCUUCUCCAACUCGUGUUCCUCCACGGCCAUGCCCGCAGCAACCCAGACGCGGAUAAGAAGAGCUCAUCCUAAGACAAAAUAUGGGUGCAGCACCUGCAAGAAAAGACGCAUAAAGUGCGAUGAGAGACGCCCUUCUUGCGAGAACUGCACGAAGCGUGGACUCGACUGCGGUUACUAUAUACUUCAACCCUCUGUUUGCGUCUCAGCUUGUCCUUUCUCAACUCAAGAGGACAAGUCUCCGUUCAAAGUCCAUGUGUUCGCACAAAACUCCGAAAGCCCUUCACUUUCUCCGCCGCCUUCCAUCUCCCCUAAUAUUGUCACGGACAUAUUUCCGGAUUGUCCAGAUGCCUUCAGGCCACGCUGCCAAGAACUACUCCAUCACUUCACCACCACCACUAGUACUACCCUUGCGACUGAUUACCCAGCCCAGGAAUGCUGGAGAUCAGCAGUGCUUCAACUUGCACGGGCUCAUCCAUUUCUAUUGCACGGUAUCCUUGCUUCCUCGGCGCUGCAUCUUUCGCGUUCUCUAGAGCUCUACAAUGAGAAAGAGACAUAUCUAAAAAUAGCCGCUAGACAAAUGAACAUAGGUCUUUCACAGUAUCGGCCAGUUCUGGAGAAUGUCACGGAAGACAACGCUGAAGCGCUAUUCUCAUUCUGCGCGCUAACCUCAUUCUUCACAUGGGUUACUGCUGCAGACGAUUGCAAAGAACUUCUGUCAUCGCUGAGAACAGGCGGGCUCGAUUGGUUUCAACAAGAUGGAGUGGUCGGUAAAUUGAGAGCCACGGUGAUAAAAUUGCUACGAGCUGUGCGGGGAGCUCUCGUUAUCUUGACACCUUGCUGGGCUCGGGUCUCCAGCGGGAUCCUGUCCCCCAUCAUCAACCGUGAUUGGUGGCCAAACCCUCCCCGCCUGGUAACCCCCCAGGCAAUUGAAGAAGACGGCAAACUUCACGCAAUCGAAAAGAUGUGGGUGAAGCCCGGACGGAAGUACGAGUACAGCUUCGACGCCUUGGCUUCCUCACUGAGGCAAUUGCGAGAAGUCUUUGCCCUAGUCUCACACUUAACUGUAAAUACUAGCAUUGUGGGUGACAAAAUGCCCACCGGCACUCUUAUCGAUAGAGCCGCCAUUUUUGUUUGGCCGACUAGAAUUUCCACCGAGUUCAUAUCUCUUCUAGAGCAGCGUCAACCAGAAUCUUGGGUCAUUCUGGCUCACUUUGCCAUUCUUCCGGGCCGGAUCCAAGGAGUUUGGUGGGUUAAUUGCAUGGCUUCUCACAUCAUCGCUGUGGCGGCGCUUGUACUUGGAAGAGAGAAGUUGGAUUUGAUUGAGUGGCCGAUGCGUGAGGUCGGGGCGAACAUGAGCAGCAUCUUUUCUGCUUGACCUUUUUAUAUUGCAGCAAGCAGCACAAUGGCUUUGGAGUAGAUGCCAGUUGUUGUCCCGGAACCUUUAAGACGCAUUCGACACAUGCGGUUAACCCCGCCGCUUAAAUUUAGGAUUGUCUAAGGAGACUUUAUUGAUUUAGCUCGGAGUCGUUGCUUGUGCUGCCCCAGUGUCUGUACUCCUGGCCCGGUACAAUAUUUAAU